AUGACAAGCCCGGGUCUAGGCGAUCGCAAGGUCUUGUGCCGAAGCGGGAGGAUGGAUUCAGAGAUUGGCGCUAUGCACGACCUGCUUGAGUUCGUCUAUGAAGAAGCGUAUAGGCUCCUUGGAGAUGUUGCGGUUGGAGAACCGAUCGCGAUACGCGAUGGCGUACGGCGUCAGAAGCCCAGUUCGCCUCCGCGCUUGCGCGCCGCGGUUGUUGAUGACGAAUUUGAGGAGUUCCACGAGCCUGCGUCGAUGGGAAGCACGUCCUACGGGGGAUCGGCUAACUUGACACCGCCAUAUGCACCGGAAUUCCAGCCACGGGUCCGGCUAGCCGAUGUUCUAGGACAGCGUGGUAUGUUUCCCGCUCGAGAAGCUUAUGCUCCUGCCGCUCGGGACUGGUAUGCUGCAGCUCGCGCUCAAAUUCGUCACGACCCGUGGGGGAUUCUACGGACAACCGCUUCCAGCUAA